AUGGAUACGCAGGAACCACCACCAGUGCCUGGGUACACUGCGGAUACCGACCAUGUACCAGGCAAACAUACAGCCUACGAAUUCGACGAACAAGGCGACGCAAAGUCUACCAACGAGCAUAAGGAAAUGGCGACGCGGCCGGGAGUCGAGAAGGACAGAGAGAGAGGGGAGAACCAUAUGAACAGCACAGAACCACCACCAGUGCCUGGGUACACUGCGGAUACCGACCAUGUACCAGGCGAACAUACAGCCUAUGGAUUCGACAAACAAGGUGACGCGAAGUCUACCAAUGAGCGUAACGAAAUGGCGACGCAGUAG